GUGAGGUGCCAGCCGUGGGUAGAGAUGAAGUGUUAGUGUUGGCCCUGCAGGAGUCUGGGGUGCCGUCCUCACACAGCUACGCCAGCUUACUCACUCCCUUCCCAAAGCUCAUGUCCUUCACCGUGUGCUACAGACUCCUGCUAGGGAGGUUUCGCGAAGAGUCCACGCUAAUGUCCUACGCCGUAGCUGACGAUAAGGACAAUGAGAUCAGGAUAGACCACCAACUGACGAGCUACAAGGUGGCAGUACACAGUAUCUGGGCCAAGACGGCGGUGGAGACGCCACUGCGGUACUGGACACAUUUCUGCUUCACCUACCACUACACGAGUGGCAAGUGGCAGGUGUUCGUGAAUGGGCAGCCUCGGGCCCAGGGCACGCUGCCCCCAGUCCUCGAGCCCCUCCGUGCCAACGGAAGUUAUAUUAUAGGUCAGGAACAAGAUUCACUCGCCGGAGGUUUCCAGCGUGACCAAAGCUUCAGUGGCGAGAUCACCCACCUCAACUACUGGUCCAAAGUCCUCGACCAUCAUACCAUCGCCAAGGGCGCGCUCAGCAAAGAUGUCGUUGAGGCGGCCCUGAAACCGGACACGGGCCCGUCGACGGGAGAGGUAGUCAGCAAUCCACGUGAGGAGUUUGCUCUUCACAUCAAUGUGGCGGCAUGUGACAACCUACAAGAGGGGGAGGCGAUGGCAUGGUCGUUGCAGCAGUGGAAGCUGAAUGGGGAUGUCAGGUGGAGGGUACGGAGCCUCUCAGAAGUUUGUGACACCUCCACCCGAAUGCUAGUCAUCUUCCCAGACCGCUUUACGCUCACUGCCGCCAUACACUUCUGCCAGGUGGUGGGAGGGCAGGUUGCGGUGCCCUUAUCCAGCGAGGAAAACACUCGGGUAUAUGAGGCGUCCAGCAGCAUGGCAGAGAACUGCUCAGGGGGGCAGGGUGCUUCUUUCAUGUGGCUGGGAGCCCACGAUCAGCUGAGGGAAGGUCAGUGGAUAACCUGGGGCUCAGGACAGCGCCUCACCUGGGAGGGCCCGUGGCGGGGUGCGGGGCCCAAUGGGGGUACCUCAGAGAACUGUUUGGUCAUGUUGAGUGGCAAGUACCCGGCCCACUGGUCAGACAUCACUUGCCUCGACUCCUACAGAUUCUGCAUGACCUGUGAGUUCUCCCGCCGCUCCACCUUGCACAUGAAGGGGGCUGCACUUUGUGAUGGCUCACCCUUCAACACCCUCUAUUUCCUUAACCAGAAUGCCAGCGACCGUCCUCACCUGGCUGGCUUUCUUCACUCUGUCAUAAACUGGAACCCUGAUACCCACUCAUGGUUGCUCACCAGUCUGAAGGUGGAGGGUGCCAUGGCCAGCUGGACUCCUGCGAAGGAAGGGAUGUACCCCUUUGGCACCAACAAUUGGGUACUGGGGAGUGAAGUAUGUGGAAUGUCACCCGGCACUACUGUGCCACUCACUAUCUCUGUGUGUGGCAUUGGCCAGUUCACCUGUGCUGAUGGAUCUUGUAUCGAGCUAUGGCAGCGUUGUGACCUGCGCGUCGACUGUCCGGAUCAAAGUGAUGAGUCGAGCUGUUCUCUGGUGGAGGUUCCCCAGGGCUACAGCACCACCAUCCCUCCACCACCACUCUCCCAUAGCCACACACUCCCCAUCACAUUCUUCGCCGAAAUAAUGGCCUUUCCGUCCAUCAUCACCCAGGACCUCACCAUGAUGGCCACCUUCAAGCUAGCUCUCCGCUGGCGAGACGUUAGACUAAACUUUCUCAAUCUUAAGGAAGACCUUAGUCUUAAUUUACUUACAGAGGAGUCUGUAGCAGCCAUCUGGACCCCACGUGUGUUUUUCAGUAAUGCUCAAGGCAAUGUGUUCACCAAUUUGGAACAGGGUGCUCGUGUUGAAGGAGUGAGGGAAGGACCUUCCAGGCCUAGCCCCACACACUACCCUGUUGAAGUAAACAUAUUCUCUGGCCAUGAGAACAGCCUCGAGAUGAGUCAACUCUACACUGUUACCUACACCUGCGAGUUUCAGCUGGCCAAGUUCCCAUUUGACUCUCAGGUGUGUUCUCUGUCGUUCAGGUUGGUGUCAGCGUCGGCGUCAUACCUCUCUCUCGUGCCCGUCAACGUCACCUACUCUGGUGAACUGAACCUCAUUGAGUAUGAGUUCUACGUGCUGACGCUCUAUAUCCCUACCGCCCUCCCCUCAUCUUUCACCGCCUACACCACUUUCUACUUCAACCCUACCAUCUUUCAACCUCGCAUUGUCGUCGCCCUCACCGCUCUCCUCGUCCUCUCCUCGCUCUUCUCCCAAGUACGUAAUGCCUCACACUCCUUACUCGUGCCCAGGUAUGCCAUGCCUCACUCUUCUUUAGAUCAUGCCUCCUCUUCACCAGAUUUCAGUAAUCUCUAA